GUGACGUAGAAUUUCAGCGACGAGUUAGCUUGGUUUUUUUUAUUUACCCAGGUCAGGUCGGAGGGGUUUUGGAGGACAGUUAAUCAUGGCCCUGAGGGCGAUCCGGUUGGUCUUCCCAUCGGUGGCAACCGGUGUCAAAACCGCGAAUGUUGUUCAGAAGGCAUCUAUGCAUAUGACAGCGGCAAGGAAGCUGCAGUACGGCUGGUGGGCGUUCGCACUGGGCGAAAGGACCACGCCGCGUUUAAAGCAGUUCAGCAAGAUUAUUUCAGUAGAUGGCAAUUUAGCAUCAGGCAAAGGGGCACUAGCACAGAACCUGGCCGACAGACUAGGGAUGCUCUACAUGCCCGAACCUGACACCUUCUACUUGGACAAGAUGUCGGGAGAGAAAGCGCCCCUCUCUAUCGACUUCAAUGGGAUGUGCAGCCUGGAGAAGUUCUACGCAGACCCGAAAGCUGCAGACGGCAACAGCUACAGACUGCAGCUAUGGAUGUAUAACAUGCGCCUGCUGCAGUACGCUGAAGCCAUCCAACACCUGCUCACCACAGGCCAAGGUGUGAUCCUGGAGCGUUCGCCCUUCAGCGAUAUGGUGUUCCUGGACGCCAUGUUUAAACAGGGCUACAUCAGGAAAGAGUGUGUGCACCACUACAAUGAAAUCAAAGGAAUCAGCAUCUGCGAGUUCCUGCCGCCGCACCUCGUCGUCUACGUGGAUGUGCCCGCUGAGGAGGUGCACAAGAAGCUGAAACUAAGUGGCAAGAAUGUGCCGUUGCCGUAUCUGAAGAGCAUUGAGGACAGCUACAAGAAGUCCUUCCUGCCAGAAAUCGGUGAAAAGUCUGAGCUGCUUGCUUAUGACGCGACCCAAAUCCAAGAUGUGGAGAGGGUGGCCGAAGACAUAGAAUAUCUGAAGUUUGAAAAAGGCCCAUGGCUAGAACAGGAUGACGUCACCUACCAUCACAUGAGAAUCCUUGUUGAAGACAAACAGAGAGUGGCAUCGUUGACCCACAUACCCAAAUUUCUGCCAGAGAUCACUGUUGGGGCGCACGACUUUGAUGAAAAAUACUACGCCUAUAAAUCGCUUCCUGGCAAGAAAUACGCUCAGGGUUAUAACGCAGACGUCGGAGAUAAAUACAUUUGGCUCAAGUAAGGGAGAACGACUUCUGUCCUCACCAGUGACCAAUCAACUCGCAGUGUGAGAGAUACAUGGUCUCCACUUGUACAUCUUAUUAUGUAUGUAUUAAAAAGAAUAAAAUUUAUCAUACAUACCCAUGA